UAUGGACCCAAUAAUUUCAUAGUUACCGGCGAUCCACUGAACGCCCACUGUUCUCUCUCCGCUGCGAACUUGCUCUGCUUUUCUUCGCUUCCGGUCAACUGCUCUUCUUUUCCCUCUGUGUGAAUUCGUUUGCAGUGCAGCGUCUGCCUCUGUGAGUGUGGUCUCAAUUUGAACAAACAUCACUAAAUCAGUGUCUCUAGAGGGUUCCAUGGCAGGCAAUGGCCUGCCAACUCUGGGUCGUGUGAAGCUCAUUGAUUUGAUACCAUUGGAAGGUCUUCCUUCCGAUUCGUAUAAAUUAUCAGUCUCAACUUUGUCACAGUCGUUGGCUCAAUAUUCAGCCGCUAUUAUCCAGCUAUCCACAAGUGAUGGAGCUCUUUUAAGGUGUAGUCUAGAGUCUGCCCGACUUUACUUCCAACACAAACCCUCGUAUCCUGCCGCUGAUGUUAUUCAUUCUGAUGACUCUCGAGAAUGGUGUAAGACUUCUGGCUACCGUGCAGAUCCUCAACAAUGGCAAGAAACUUAUGAUUUCAGGCCAGGGCUCACUCCUACAGAACCCAGCAGUGAUAUUGAAUUUCCUCCUGCUGGUUUAUCGGAUGUAUUCUCUCUGCUUGGAAGAGCAGCAAGAGAUAUAUUGGAUGCCAUCAGCUUCUAUUUAAAUCUGCGCAGCUCUCCAUUCACUGAAAUACUUGACAGUGUUCCCCUCAGAAACCGAGAAAUAUCAUCCUCUGUGUUAUCCGUCUGUUGUCAUGCCAGACCAUCUUUUCAGGGUGCACAACACCAUAGCCUGGCAACCCAAGAGGAUGGUCAGUUAGCGAUGUUCUCAGAUCAUGAACAUCAGGUUGACAGAAGCCUUGUUACGGUUGUUAAGUCGGAUAAGCCUGGUCUACAUGUGAGAGAUUUUCAUGGUCACUGGGUUCUUGUGGAUGGUGAUCUUGGUCCCCAAGAGGCAAUAGUUUAUCCUGGCCUUGCUUUAUAUCAGGCAACUGCGGGCUAUAUCAGCCCUGCACUUCAUCGCACAGAUACCGGUAAUCAACAGGGGAGCAUAUAUGGGCGAUGUUCUCUUGCUUUUAAACUUAUGCCCAAGUCCAUGACCAACCUCAAUUGUUCAGAGAUGCGGGCUGCUGGUCAUGGGGUUGAAGCUCAAUUCCAGCUUCCUGUACCAGUUGACGAUUUUAUGCAGAGAUCAACUGAUCAGUUGCUUAACAGGAGCAAUUUCCCGACAUUCAACUUUCCUACAGCCCAAGAUGGAUCUAUGAAGCCCAUGAUGAGGAGGAAAAAGAGUAACUCAAGAUCUAAACCUCUACCACCUUCAAAGAGGUUGAGAUUGGAGGCACAAAGAGUUCUCAAAGAGAGAGUUCAAGAUAUAGCUGAUAAAAAGGGCAUCAAGCUGAGGUUCUGCACCUUAAAGGACUGUGAAAGUCACAUCCAGUCACUUGAUAGCCCUUGUACUAAUAUAAGGAUGGAGAUUGGAUGGCCAGCAGGAGUUCCAUUUGUUCACCCACAUGAUCUCCCAAAUAAGGCUAAGAUUGGAUUUCUUGAAACAUAUGAACCUGGUUGGUCGGCAACUCAUGAUAUGGAGAUAAGUCUAAUCGAUCCCGGACAGCCAAGUCAGCACACUGCUAACUGAAUUCACAUUCUUAUCAAAUGCUGCCUGUGAUGAGUACUUGGAUUCUUUGGACCCGUAUUUGGCUGCUUUAGUUAUGGUUGUCUCGCGCAGAUCUUGCUAAUUUCUAUGCAAAUUUUCAAUUAAGAUGUGAAGUGACAAUGAGCUGUGUCGUUGGUUAUCCUUAUCACUGUAAAAAAAAAAAAGGUAGCCUGGUGUAUGAAGCAUCCGGCAUUCACGUAGGGUCCACGGAAGGGCCACACCCCAAGGGGUAUGAUGUAGGCGGUCUACCUUGAUGCAAGAAUCAGUGGGUGAUUCCACAGCUUAAAUUGGUGACCUAUAGGUCAUACGCUUCAAUGCUCCCCUUCCUUAUCACUGUCCCUGUAAAUAUUAGUUUGUAAAAUUUUGAUGGAAUUUUAGUUAAAUUCCCACUUCAUCGAUAAUUUUGCCAGCUCUUGUACCCAGUAGUUUAGAGCAUUCUAUGUUGACCAAAGAGUUUGAAUUUAUGUAGUAAUUGUAUCUUAGCAGCCAGGUUUACGUUCGUUUUCAACUCCUAUGUUGAUGUUAGAUUCAAACUCAGUGACCGAAUGUACCAGCAAAGAACCAGACCAUUAUGUUCA